AUGUACGACGUGGCGAACUCCAUGCGCUACUGCAAGGGCUGCCGCCGCGUGACCGCGGUUACGGUCGACACCGUCUGCACCGAGUGCUCGCUCGUCCUGAACGAGCGCUACGUAGACGAGUCCCUCGAGUGGCGCACCUUCCUCAACCACGGGACACCCGCCGAGGCCGAGGACUCCAGCAGCCGCGUCGACGACCAUUUCCUCACCAACCUUCAGCUCGGCACCGGCGUCUCCGGCCCAGCAGCCUCGGGCAACGCACAGAUGAAAACGGCGUUACCUAGGAUGAGAGGCGCUGGAGCCGGUGGUUCCGGCGUCGCCACGGCGAAGACGCGGGGCGCAGCAGCGGCGGCCUCGGAUAGGGCGCUGGCCGACGCGUUCCAUGCCAUGGACGGCAUGGCCGAGCAGCUGGGGCUCGCGACGGCCGUCAAGGACCGUGCCAAGGAGGUGCUGAGGAAGCUGGAGGUCGCCAAGGCGUUUCCCAAGGGGGGCAAGUGCCGGAACCGGCGAGCGCUCUACGCGGCCUGCCUCCACAUGGCGUGUCGCGACGAGGGCACGCCGCGCACCUUCAAGGAGCUGGCUUCCGUGACUGGGGACAGCGUCACGGCGGGGACCAAGGACAUCGGCAGGCUCGUCAAGCACAUCAAGAACCACCUCGGGGAUCAAGAUCAGGACGCGGAGGGAAUGCAGGCAACGGCGCUAGAGAAGGGCGCCAUAGUGCGGGCUGGAGACUACCUGUGCCGGUUCGGCUUGCAGCUCGGGAUGGGGCAGGAGGAGCUGCACGCGGCGCAGGAGGCGGCGCGGAGGCUGGAGAAGGACCUGGACGUGAGGCGCAACCCUGACUCCAUCGCGGCCGCCGUCAUCUACAUGGCGACACAGCGCGCCGGCGGAGGGAAAUCCAUCCGGGACGUGUCCACGUCCACCGGCGUCAGCGAGGUGACCAUCAGGGAGGUGCACAACAAGGACCUCAGCCCACACGCCGACCUGCUAUUCGGCUAG